AAAAAUCUUUCGACCCUGAGGCAAAGAUAACCCCAAUGCAGGAUCUGGUUCGCCAAUGGAAAGCCAAACCACUACAUGGUCGGUAUAGGAGCCGCAUAGAAGACAACGCCAUUGACACGAAGGCUUCCCAAGGAUGGUUGCAGUCAGGUAAUCUGUUCCUGGAGACGGAGGGCUUCAUAGCCUCCAUCCAGGAUCAGGUAGUCCCAACAAAGUUGUACCGAAAGCGUAUAAUGCAUGAGAACGUUGACGAUAUCAGAUGCCGCAUAUGUGGGGAAAAAGAUGAGCACAUAGAUCAUAUUGUAGCAGGGUGCUCUCCCUUAGCUCCUAAACAAUAUCUUGAAAGGCACAAUGAUGUGGCCAAAAUACUUUAUCAAGCUUUGGCUAAAAAGCAUCUAGGAGAAACUGGUACACAGCCCUACUAUAAAUACACGCCGCCACCUGUGAUAGAAACGGAGACCUCUAGGCUGUACUGGAACCGUAAAAUCAUAACUGACAGGCCCAUCCCCAACAAUAUUCCUGACAUAGUGCUCACACUAAAAGAAGAAAGAACGACGUUUAUAAUAGACAUAGCUGUGCCUCUUCCUACUAAUAUCCAAACCACCCAUGCGGAAAAAUCAAUAAGUAUUUGCCACUCUCCGACGAAAUCAAACGCAUGUGGGAAAUGGGCAAUGUGUCUAUAA